GUGGAUGCUCUUGUAGCUGCUGGGAGCCAGGAUGGGAUAAUCAUGCGUGUCUGGCUUCGGGCAUUGGUGCAGCUGGAUCCGGAGUGGACUCGGUGCGUUGGGUGGGUCUAGUUCUGGAGCGAUCCGGACCUCAUGUCGAUGUUAACGAGCGCGAUGACCGAGAGAGGAGUUUGUGCCGCUGUUUGAGACGUCCGGGCCGAGAGAAAUCCACCGUGUUCGCCCAUGGAGGAGGAGAGACAUCGCCGGUACGACUAAAAGCGCAGCCCCGGUGUGGAAUAACUUGGAGCAGGACGGAGAGGAUACCGAGGGGAGCCUUGUAGAGGAUAUAUAGAAGGAGCACAUCUCUCUUUUCUUCAUGGGUUUCUAACCGGGAUAGAGAUCACAAGGCGCCUGGAAGAACGGAUCACUUUUGCAUCGGUAAUUAGAGGACUGCCUCCUCGGAGCGAGCGGCAGCCGCAGCCGACACAGCGCGGGGUGGGUGGGGGGAACCCUUGGAUGGAGAGGGCGCAUUGAGGGGCUGAGAGAGCGGCUCGAUUGCGGAGGGACGGAGGGGGACCGGGCGGCUCGAAGGGACCCGGGGAGCCAGGAGCGGUGCAGCGGCUCCAUGAGCGGCUCCUGCCGGGACAGAGCGCCCAGAGGAGCCCUGCAGCCGGAGCGUCUCCGCCGCCGCGGGUAGAAAAAGACCCGGGCCACAGGACGGCGGCCAGUUUGGAAGUUUUGAUGCAUAUGAUCACAACCACCAUGAUUUUUAUGAUUCUUGGUGCUUCAGUUGUAAUGGCGAUAGCCUGUUUAAUGGACAUGAACGCACUACUGGACCGCUUUCACAACUACAUCCUACCGCAUCUACGAGGGGAGGACCGCGUCUGUCACUGCAACUGUGGAAGACAUCAUGUCCACUAUGUAAUCCCAUAUGAUGGGGACCAUUCCUUGGUGGACUCAUCAGAGAACUACUUUGUGAGUGACAGUGUGACCAAGCAGGAGAUGGACUUGAUGCUGGGGCUGCUGCUGGGCUUCUGCAUUAGCUGGCUGCUGCUGUGGUUGGACGGAGUCCUACACUGUGCCGUCAGGGCCUGGAGGGCGAGCCGCUACUACGAUACCCCGUCCUGGUCAUGGCUGCCUCAGUUCUGCAACCUCCGAGACCUCCGUCGCCGGGCCCAGCUCCGGCAACUGGAGGACUCCAGUGGCAACAUGGUCCACAUCAAGCAGAAGCUCUACCACAACGGCCACCCCAGUCCCCGCCACCUCUGAAUCUGAAAAACUGAACAACAAAACCAACAACAAAAAGAAAUUAAACUAGAUCCUUCUCCCCAACACACCUUCUCCCUUUUCCCUCCGACACACCUCACCCCCCUUCCUCAAACAGCCUAUUGGCCAGCUAUUGCCUCAGAGACACCUGGAAAACUGCCCUCCCACUGUUCAUAACAUGGCCCCCUUAAACCCCCAUGACAGGACUUUCUUAUGACUAAACCUGGCCCCUGUCAGCACUAAAAAAAAAAACCAAAAUGGAGCAAGAUGACGAUUUAUUUGUUGCCACUGAAAUCUUGUCUUAUGUCCAUGUCCACGUCCACCGUUGUGGGAGGAGGAAGAAAGAAAGAAAACAUUUUUAAGGGUGUUUUUUCUGUAUAGAGACAUUUUCUGUGUUCAUUGUUAAACUUGGCAUGCUCUUUUAGAACAGGGUAAGAUGUGGGCAGUGUAUGGAACGGGGUGGCGAGACUGGUGUCAUGAUAUUUUUUUUCUGAUGGGCGGGAGGGGGACUUUGUUGGCGUGGGGAGGGGAGAAUGCGACUGAUGGGUGGGUGGGUUUUUGUGAUAGUUAGAUUGCUGCUUCUGUAAAUAGUUAUAAAUAAUGGAAAAUGGGAUUUGACAGUCUUAAGAAGGGGGUGGGGGGUGGGCGUUUGUGUGAGUCGGUCAUCAGUAGAAGACCUUUGUGUGGGUAAAGAUUGUAGGAAUGGGACAGAAAGACAGAGUCUGUUUGGGAACUUGGAUGUGAAACCAUGUGAUUUCUGCUAAAAACACAGAUUAAUUAGCUUUGUUACUUAGUGAAUUAACUGAAUGUAUUAAUUUUUUCUGUAAAUAUGUGAGGGGGAGGGGAGUGUGUACAGUUGUGGUCAGGGUUCUCUUUGCUGUAUUACCAUGCUAUGGAAGACACGAGGGAGAAAUAAAUGCCAGCCAAGAUGAGUCAGUUCAACACACGCACACACACACACACAUACACACACACACACACACACACACUUACACACAGCCCUCUCCAUCUUCCCCCACACUGAGCUCAGCAGCACAGUUCAAUUUUCUUUAUCCAAUUCCCUCUCACUUAUCAGGAGCAACCAGCCUAUCAGCAGAGGGAACCCUCACCCGGCCCCCCCUCGCCCUCUCUGUCCAGACAUUGCUGUUGUGAGGAUGAAAUGUCUGUUUUAUUAAA